UUGUGACGUCAUGCCACGUCACAGUAUAAUCUGUAACUGUGAUGAUUCCCCGAAGGUUUGGUUGCGAUCGCUCAUGAUGAAGUCGCCCCCGCCAAUGUUGUUGCAGGCCCUCAAUGUGGGGGCUCUGCUCGCCUUCAUACUCACCGCCAUCUUCAACGGAUUGGCGGCAGAUACCAGCUUAGGUAUCUUCCUGAAUUCCACCGGGGACAUCUCGGACGCAUUCUACGUGGAGAUCACCCCCGCCGGCUGGACCUUCAGCAUCUGGGGCCUGAUCUAUGCGUGGCAGGCCGCCUGGAUCAUCUACUCCUUGGUCCGUAUUUGCAGGAAGACCCAAGAAGGACCCCUAUACCUCAACCCCAUUCUUCUUACUCCGGCCUUCUUCGGAAUGUACAUCCUGAACAUGUUCCUCAACAUCAGCUGGCUCCUUCUUUUUGACCGCCAACUCAUCGAACUGUCCUUCAGCUUCCUGUUCGCCAUUGCGUUCACCCUGUACAUCUGCUUGUAUAUCUCCUACAAAACAUUGAAUGAUAACAUGGAGGUUCUUGCUAAACUGAAUCUGAAGAUUGAAGAUACGUUGAUGCGUGUAUUUGUCCACAACGGGCUUGGUAUGUAUGCGGCGUGGACCACCACUGCUACCUUCCUCAACAUGGGCUUUGUGAUUGCCUACAGAGCUAACCCUCCUAUUGACCAGAGCACUGCUUCCUCAAUCUCUCUCGGCUUUAUCACCACCGCUUUGCUUCUCUUCGUCCUCACCGACCUCUUCCUAUUCGACAAAUACAGCCGGUACACCAUCACUCCCUAUUGCGUCGUCAUAUGGGCUCUGUCUGGCAGUCUAGACAAAAACUAUGACGCUGCUCGUGGAAAUUCCAUCUUCACCAUUGUACUCAUAGUGCUAGCCGUGUUAGCCCUAAUUGCCAAGAUAGUCCUCGUCAUCAUCAGAAGCAAGUCAAGGCCAGUGUUUACUUCAUCCACAAACAUUACGGCGCCUGAGAAGCAAGACAAUGUGAACAUGGCCUGAUUUGAUGGGCACGUUUCAUUGACUAAAGAAACCCGUGAGGAUCCUGGUUAGUAUUAUUCUUAAACAAAACAAUGCUUGGGUGAGAGACGAUUAACGGGACCAGUCAGCGGGGCUCGCUGACUUAACUGAUGCAUGACAUAGUCCCAUUUGCGUCGAUUCACGCUCAUGAUGUCAAUGACUGGAUCCUCUUGUCCAGACUAGAGUACUUUCAGACCCCGGUCAUAUAGCUGGAAUGUUGUUGUUGAUAUACCUGGAAUUGUUGGUAUCCAGGUGUUCAGCCCAUAAUCCUGAGAUGAUUAUCUUGUCUGAUUUAUUUUCUUGCCUUAUUUUGUAUGUUGUAAUUUAUUGUUGUCAUGAUGGGGACGUGUUAAUAUAUAUGAAUCAUGACAUGUUUGAACCUGUAACAAUCAGAAUAAACUC